GUGUACCUUCUGGAAAAGGUUACGUUGUUAGGAUACAUGGUGAUUUUCGUAAGAGUCUUUUCUAUAUAAAGCUCACAAUAAAGUUGACAAUAUUAUCAGGUUUUCAAAUAUGGGCGAUGCCAGGAGAAAGUUUCUAUUCGUGUAGUCAGAGGUUCUGAACGGUUGUUCCAACAUGAUCGACUGUCUACAGAAAAGUUAUAUUUCGCAACAGAGCGCUUUGCCUUUCGAUAAAUUGUAUGACGAGUAUAUAUAAGUGAUUCCCCGGUGGGGCUCGAUCUCAAGCUGCGAUUACGAUAGUUUUAAGUAAGCAUUUUGUGUUCCAUUCAUUUAAAUGUUUUGAUACCGGUUCGUGGUGAACAUAAUAUUCAAUGUUAUCGGUCCUUCUCCGUACAGAGAAAGACAUUUCAUACAUUCGUCAGGUCUUGACAUAAAAUUGUCAAUUGGAUCUUUUCUUACUGAACCUACCCAGCAACAAAUUCAAUUUUCAUCGUAAGCUUUAGUUGAGUGUUAGUCCUGGAAUAAUCCAGACAGUGAAAGAGAUUAUUUUAUUGACUAUGGUAUGUGGUGAUUGUUCUAUAAAGUUGAUGAAUCACCUUCUAAACGAAGUUAUCGUUCUAGAUUUCCAACUAAAGCCCGUCCGCCCCCUCAUGUCACGUGGCUCUUACGACAAGACUUUCCGUUUUACGCGAAACAGGCCCUGCUUAUGAUACAUUUCUUUCAGUCUACUUAUCAAAAAGUGCUUCAUUUGAGUAUAGUAUAGAUAGAUGAAGACAACUGAAAAACAAUGCAAAAGAAAAUUUACGUAUUGAUGAUCUUGAUGUUGAUUGGAAAAUUCGGAUUUUCUGAUCGCCCUAUUACAUACGAAGCUCAUUCCAAAGAAAUGUGUGGAAUUUUUCAUGUUGAAUACAUACCAUUACGAGAUGGCUACGUCAUGUUUUGCUGUAAAUGUAGGGAACCACUGAUACAGGUUAAACUCUGCAGGUACGGCUUGCCAGAGACGACCGAGUGUGUUUGCCCGAACACAGUACCAUUCAACAACACUUUCACAGAGAAUGAGAUUUCCACAGAGGAUGAACAAUCAAAUACAAGCGUCAGAAUCAACACUGAUUGUCCACCUAGCACAAGUAUCAAUGAUGAUGAUGAGGCCGAAGUGAAUAUCUUCGCCGAAAUUGAAAUUAAGUUGAGUGAAUUACAAAAAGAGUUACGAGAACUAAAAAAGUCUCCUCCAAUCAACUGUGAAUGUGUGUCAACUGCGGCAAUCGUUAUGAUUUGUCUAAUGUUAUUUAUUGGACCUUUUGUUGCGCUGAUAAGUUAUCAUGGUAGUUGCCCAUGGAUUAUACAAAAGCUCUGUAAUCUUUCAUCUGGCAGCAAAAAAGAAUCAUUUGAUGCAGUAAACACUUCAAACGUCAUCUGCCACAAUGGUGAACAGAAAGAAGCAGAGAGAAAACAAGGUGAAGCCAAGCCGAAACAGAAAUCAACAAGGAGAGACAAGAACUCACGCAGAAAAUGAACUGAGAUAAAAGACAUCAAAAUGUCAUCUUGGAUGCCGCAGCUCCCCUUGCCAAGCAUAAUUAUUCUUGAUAUAAUUGCAUAUUUAUUGUAUUUGUAUCAUUUAAUAUUUCUUGCUGGUUGAAAAAAUUAAAUUGACUAUGACCUAUACUUCCUGUUUACGAUACGCCCAACUUUCUUUUUAUUCGGUCAUGGUCAUUCUGCCAUUUUAGUUAUACAGUUACAGGAUGGGAUUACAUAUUUAUCCCGGAGAAGAGAAAAGCCAAUAAUACGGCUUACUCAUAUGGCGAACCACCUUUCGUCCGCUUACCAGUCGAUGUCGGGUAUCGGAUGGGUUAGCCAGUUAUUAAUUUCAGAUGCAUGCUCUUGUGUUAAGUAGUUUGACCAUGGUUUGGUCUCAUAUACUUAUACAUGUAAGGUAUUGUCAUAAGGUAUUGGUCUGAGGGGGUGGUGAAUUGAAAAAAAAAUUACAUUGAAGUAAAAUUUAAUUUGAUAUUGAACCUUGGCUGUCGCGGCUUGGUUCCCCAUAACUUUCCUUCCCAAGUUAAAAUGUAUGUUAAGUUUUAUUUAUUUUUUCUCAAUUUCGUAUGUUAUAUUUCACUGGACGGAAUAAAUGUUGGGUAUUCAAUCUGGCCCGGCUGAUGCUGCCAUAAAUUUCUGCUUUUCAUCAAUUCUGCUUGCACUAUGUAUAUAGUUGUUGUUAUUAAAAUCUAGAUGGUGCUAUAGGUUGUUAGAUUAUGAUUGUAGUCUAUGUAAAUUGUAUUUUGGGUUGCCAAGGACUUUCUAGUUAUGGGGACGUUAACAAAACUUCACGUUUUCUCGCUCACUCGAUUCGACGGCGUUUCAAUUUAGUAUCGACAAAGAUUUGUUAACGUCCCCAAAGCGCUAUCUCAACGUCCUUUUUUGUUCAUAGCUUACGCAUUCUUACCAUAAUAUUUAGUCUAUCGCUUUCCCCUGGUUUCUAAUAAUCUGUUGCUGUAUGUCUUUUCUGCACCCUAAUUCGUGAAGAUUGAUAGCUAAAUAUUUAAAGACUAAUUUUUGUCCAUUUCAGUGACUGAACUGACCUUCAGUCUGAUGAAUUUCAACAAAUCCAAACACAGAUUUUAAUUGACCGAUACUCAUCUCAAAUCUGUUUUGACAAUUGCCACAACCUAACUAAAACCAAAUUUUGAUGUUUUGGCUAAAAAUAAUAGCUCAAAGAAUUUGUUGAGAUUGCGAUUAAAUUUAGUUUCGACACAAGGCUUAAUUGUAAACAUAAAAUGUAACUUUUUACGUCACAGUUACAUGGCCUGCCAGUCUAGGUGGGCAAAAUUUUUGUCCCCUGGUCCAAAAAGCUUGCCCACCCCUGCUAUGAGGAAUGGGAUCCCUCGGAUGUUUGAAUAACUUACUACUCCACACACCAAAUUUUUAGCAAUAUUGGAGUUUCGAAACCGAAUCAAUGAUUUGAAAUUUUAUGAGUAUGUUUUACGAAACACUAAGAUUGUAUAUUAUUAGUUGUAAACCUAUUUGAAAGUAAUUAAAUAACGAGGCAUAUCAGCUAAGAUUCAAAAUCAGCUAAGAUUCGUCCAGCAAUGCUGUCGUACAUAAUGAGAAACUUCGUAAAUAUUCGAACCCGUAUCUUCAUCCAGGAUAAUUAACAGUUAUUGUAAAUAAAUUUUUAAUUGAUAUAAUUCGCAAUACCAGAAACAGCAUAUUGUCAAUUCAAAUCGCGUUCAUUUUCUACAUAUUUGAACUGUGUAGCCAUUAUUUCAUAGCCACGAAUGUUUCUAAUGCAAUGUGUAAUUGUUAUAAAAUCACUCAUUAUUUACUCCGUUCUCUGCGAAAUCCGUUUCAAUAUUGAAAAGUAUAAACUAACUAUUAUGGAGAUUUAUUGAACGUACGUACUUAACUCGGUGCAAAUGAUUGUGAAAAAUUUCCUUGGUUACAAUUUAAACUUCGACUUCUUAUUGUGCCAUAAUCCUUGACUGUGCUUUUUAGAGUUUUAGAUGACAGUUUGGCCUUUGCAGUGUUCGCGAAUUCCGAUUAAUUAUACAAAUUUCCACAUUUUUCAUUAUAUUAUUUAAUUGUUUGCAUAUGCAUAUAAUUGUCUCGGGGAAUUAUAAAAUACAUAUCGACAUGCUUAAGAACCUUAAGCCGACAGUCACCAGGUAAUAUUUCUUUCAUGAUCCAUGUGAGCUACAUGUUCGUUAGAGGUGUAGUUUUUCCAAAUGCUAAAAAGCCAAAUUUCUAAUUUUGUGAAUCAUGGGGGCAAUUUCGGACAGUAGAAUACUCGACCUAUUUCAUUGACGAUAGGUUGAAAUGUAUUAUGCCUUUGCAACACAUAAUCAUGAAACUAAAUAAAAUGUGCUUACGAGAUCAGAGGGAAUGCAAAAACUUAUGAUCAAAUUAGAUCGUGGGCGGUAGAGGAGUCACCACUCUGGUAGUGGAAUGAUGCGCCACAGUGACCGUACAUUUGAACCCAUGUGUAUAUCCGCGGGAUCAAUUUAUAUGCGGGUGCUAAAACCCAUGAGUUAGGGUUAGUAUGGGUUCAAAUAUCGGUAAACCAAUUCCAUAGGUUCAAUUGUCGGGGUUUCAAAUGUAAUGGAACCAUGCGUCACACCGUUGAGCAUACACUGAAUAUUUUUGCAACUAGCUCAAAAGAUAUUUCAGAACGCGACAUUAAAUACAUAAGAUAUUCGCUACUAGCGGUUUAUGCAAUACUUGAAUAAAUUGCAUUGUAAAGAUCAUUUGUGCGUGUGCGAAGAUGCUUCGAACUCAGGCCAAUUAUAGCAAACGUUCCGUUGUGCACAGACGCUAGGAAUCGCGAGACUCGA